AUGAGUGACUGCGAAAGUUUCAUCUCCAUCGACAACAACAACAACAAUAACAACGAUGAGGCAGCUACGAGCGAAGGGAAGCAUCCCAUGAAUUUGGACAAGUUCUUGGACUACGACAUGGACUUUAUGAAUGAGGAGGACAGGUACAAAUACGUAGGGACGGACAUAACGCAGAGGCAUGAUUACUACGACAUAAAAAAUGAACAGGUGGCAUUUCUGCAGAAAGAUAAUGUCAUGUAUAGUAACAUCGCUCUAGGGAACAGAAAAAAGGAACAGGUGAAUACCUUCAUGAGAUUAAAAAAAGAAUUAUACACCAUUGCGUAUAAGAAUUAUGGGUACCAAAUGGGGAAAUCCGUCAGCACGGAAAAAAGGACCGUGGGGGGGGAGGUCGACAGUGCGGGCGAGACAGCCGAGGGGGUCACAACCUUGUCCAAUGAUGGCAACACAAAGGGAAAGGAAAAAGGAAAAAAGACGUACGACCUGCUGAACAAUGAGUUGGGAGUUGUCCUGGGGAACAAAAUCGAAGACACCUACAAUGAAAUAAAAAGCAGCGUCAACUGGUUGGGAAACUUUUUCUCCAACAGUGAACAAAAUGAAGAGAAAAAAAAAAUAAAUAUUUUUUACAGUGAUUUAUACUUCCUUAGUGACAUCACCAUUUUGCGCUUUCUCGACACGUACGAUUAUAAUUUGCUAAAAACUUCGAAUAAAAUUAUAAAAUUUAUUUUGUGGAGACAAAUGACUUUUUCGAUUUUUAACAAAAGCCAGUGGAAGAUAAAGAGGGGUACAAGCUCUAUGGAACGGGGGAAGGACGAGGCCAUGCCGGCUAUGCCAGCCGCAACAGCGACGACGGUGAGCAGCACCGGGGAUCGAGACAACACCUUCAUCAACCCCGUGCACAUUAAGGACAUUUUAAUGAAGACCAACAUUUUCAGGUGCGGCUGUGACAAGAAAUCGAGGCCCAUGCUUUAUAUAAAAAUACAGGAAAAAUUAAACAUGCGGGAGGAUGAACUUUUUUUGCUGCUCGUUUAUCACGUGGACAUGUGCAUGAACAGCAUUGACUACUCAAAAUGUUACGAAGAAAAGGGGAAAGCAAAUCCUGAGAAUGGCAACACGGAAUGGAAGGCCCAAUUGGACGAGUCAAGUUUGCAGCUAGUCAUCAUUGUGGAUUGCCAGAAAUUUGAAUUAAAUAAUAUGAUCAGCGUGGAUUGCAUUAAAAAAAUUAUUAACAUUUUUAACGAAUUUUACACGGAUGUUUUGUACAGAAUUUAUGUUAUAAAUGUCCCCUCCUUUUUUAAAAAAGUUUGGUCCCUUUUUAAUAUGUUUAUCGAUAAUCACACAUUGAAGAAAAUUAUUUUUAUAAAUAAAAAAAACAUCAACUUGAUGUACGACCAUAUUGAUACACACGUCAUGAAGCAUUUCGAUAAAAACGCCGACAAGGAGAAAACCGCGUCGGACGAUUCCUGCAUUUUCUUCCCCUCCACAUCGCUCUACUAUAAGUACGACGAGAUGUAUUAUAAGAAGCUCGUUGGUUACGUGGACACCUGGGUGGGUACGAUGAUCCAGGUGAACCACUGA